AUGCUCGAAUACGAAUCACUCGAACCGGAAAUAAGAGUUAAGAGAUCACCAGCCGCUGAAGGAGGAAGUAGAAGACAAGAAAGACAAUCCUCGGUACAAGUUUCACCGGAAUAUUACAAUUUAUUACAUCAGUUGGCCGCUCAGCAACAGCAACAGCAACAAUCGCAAGUGACUGCUACCACCACUCAAUCUCCGACGCAGUUAUACAGUCAAUUGGUCGUUUCCAAGGAUGGUACCAGACAACAAUCCGGGGGCGCCGCCACGACCAGAUACGUACUUUCUCCGGAGGGUGGUACUCUUUUCCAAGGAUCAUUCUCGGGAUUCGGUCAACAACCCCAACAACAGUACACGACAUCCAUCGGGAGUCAAUCGAGUUACAACGGUUUAACUGCUGCUGCACCCCAACAAUACGUUUACUUGCAAUCUCCGUUGGAACAAACAGGACCGCAAGUUUUGCCACCGGCUCCGACUUAUAAACCACCCCCAGGUACCAGGCCGAAGCUCACCGAGUACGCGAGACAACAACAGAGGAUCCUGCAAGACUUCAGGGAUGCACCGAUAAGAGCUCAAAUCGCCGGGUUCGCAAAUGGACUUUCAAGACCGAGGCAACCACCCCAAUUACCGCAACCCCUACCGACGGGACCCUACUCUCAGUCUCCGCAAGUCUUUGCCGCGUCUCCAGCUCCAAGUUCAAGUCAGCAACCCGGACUUCCGCCCACGCAAUACCAAGACCCGCAAAAUCCAGGAAUCGUUUACACAACGGUACCUGUCGAUUCUCAAGCCUACCAACUCCAACAGCAGUACGCCCAAGCACAGAGUCCACAACAACCACAACCGCAACCGCAAUACGUAACUCAAUAUGUACCUGAAAGUCAAGUAUACGCCCAAUCAUCCCGUUCGACUACCGUACCUCAACAAGUAUACUAUCAACCCGUCGAAACAACUCAAGAUAAACCAAGAAGACCAGUAGCAGCAGCAGCAGCAGCCGUUUUGCCAACUCCUUCAUCCGUUCAACCCCAAUACUUGUCGCAAGCUUUAUCCCAACAGCAAUAUCUCAUCGAGACGACGAAACCAACAGCUCAACCCCAAUACGUCCAUCCAGCUCCAGAAGCAAUUCCACAAGUUCAUUACGUUCAACAGCCUCAAUCCUCUCCAGCGGCGGUAUCAGGUUCUUCAAUCAGGCACCCCGAAAUCCCAUCAUCCCCGUCGACUCUUCUUCAUCCCGUUGCCGGAAGAGGUUAUUUUUCACAGGGAGGUAAACAACCAACGUCGAGAUCUUCAAUUUUCGUUUCCAGAUCUUCCGUUCCAAAAUCUUUAUCUUUCACCGCCGCUUCCGUCGCCGCCGCCGCCGCCGAUGGUGUUUCCAGCGAAAAAGUUCCAGUCGUGAGACUUCCAGCAGUUCCAUCUCCAGCACCGGUAGCAUCCACCGAACCGAGAUCUUACACCAAACAAGAAAUCGAUGCUUUGAUAAGAGCGGGUUACACGAUAACUCCAGUUCAAGACUCCAGAGCCACGCAUUAUCUCAAAUCGAAAAGACAUCAUCAUCAUCAUCAUCAUUCGAUAUCCGACGACAGAGCGAAUCACGUGGUUUAUGAAAAUCCACAAGAUGGAAUCCAAUAUGAGUACAGUCCUGGAACAUCCGAUUCGUCCAUUUCUAUAAAAGCUAAAAAAAGCGUGACCAAAAGCGAAGGAAGUACGGCAAAAGUUUAA